AACUCCCCCCCAAAACCCCCUUUCCUCAGAUUUCAGUCACAAAAUUGGAAAUACGCACAUUAUUCUGAACAUAACGUGAUCUUUAUUUGGGCAUUUUUGGUGUUUUGGAGAUUAGGACUGGUCAGUUUGGUACUUUUGAGUGACGCGAAGUAGUGCGGAGCGGAUGUAGAUCCCCGUUGUUUGUCAAGCAGGCCCAGGGGACGGAUUUUCCAGCAUGGCGAGACCGAGAAGAACACGUCUUGAGCCGCCGCAAGAGUACAGGGCCCGUAUUUCCCGAUCGGGAUGAAUCCAGAUUUUACAGAGUGCUGUAGCUGGGCCAGACUAAACAACUCAGGAUGGAGGGGAACACAGGAGUACUGAGAAUAUGUGCCAUAGUUUUCGUCACCGUGCUGUGCAGACCAGCAGUCUGUCAGCGGACGCAAUCUCCAGUGGGAGACUUCCGAUUCACACGGAAGGAGUACAAUGCCACGAUCAUGGAGAACUCACAGGCAAAGACCUACGUAAAGAGCCGUCAGAAAAUGGGAAUCUACAUCACUUCAGAUCUGUCGGCCAGCGUCAAGUAUUCCAUUGUUGAUGGAGACCCACUCCAGUUGUUCAAGGCAGAGCAGCAUCUAGUGGGGGAUUUUUACUUUCUCAGAAUAAGGACCAAAGGGGGUAACACAUACGUACUUAACAGAGAGGUCACAGAUAGUUAUAAGCUCCGUGUCAAAGCGGAAGUAAGGAAAAGCGACAGUAGGAAACUAGAGUUCUGGGCGGACGUAUUUCUAGCAGUACAAGAUAUGAACGACCUAAGACCACUGUUUUCACCAACAUCCUACUACAUCUCGGUUAGUGAAGAUACCCCAAUCCGAUCCAGCAUCGCUCAGGUAACGGCCACGGAUGCGGACAUCGGCACCAACGGAGAAUUCUACUACAGUUUUAGCCAAGAGACUGACACGUUUGCGAUUCAUCCGGCAAGUGGAGUCGUGUCUCUAACAAGACAACUUGACUACAACCAGACCCCCAGAUACGAGCUGACAAUCAUAGCUGAAGACAGAGGGCUCCAUCCGGGCGGGUCAGGGUUCUCCAGUACGUCUAGACUUCAGAUAACUGUAGUACAGGACAACGUACACGCUCCUGACAUCCUGGUGAGAACUUUGCCAAUGGUUGUUGAGCACAAUGCCGAGCCGCUAACGUACGCCAUCAUAACUGUCACGGAUAAGGACAGUGGGAGGAAUGGAAACAUUCAGGGCUUGGAGAUCAUCAAGGGAAAUGAAGAUGGAAAGUUCCAGAUUCAGCCAGGCAGCUCACAGAAUGAGUAUGCUAUCAAAGUGCUGCAGACACUGGACAGGGAGACAACUCCCAAUGGGUACAACUUGACUCUGAGGGCUUCGGAUAAAGGCCAGCCUCCAAAGUUCUCAGAGAAAGUUGUAUUUGUGCAACUCAUGGACACGAAUGACCAUGCACCAGUGUUCAGUCAGACCAGGUAUGAGGUAACAGUGAGUGAGUUUGCACCUGUAAACACACCUGUGGUGAUGGUUCAAGCCACUGACCCAGACACAGGCAGGAACGCCGAAAUCGUAUACGACAUCCAGAGGGGGAACAACAAACUGAGGUUUGGCAUCAACUCAAUAACUGGUCUCAUUUACACAAAGGGAGAGCUGCACAGGGAAGAGAGGGCCAGCUACGAGCUGACCGUUGUGGCCACUGAUCGUGCAAACCCCAGCAACAGGAAGAAAAACAACGCAGUGGUCGUGAUAAAUAUCGAGGAUGCCAACGACCAUGAUCCUGUCUUCAACGACUCAAAACUGUCUGCCAACAUCAAUGAGAAUGAGAAGGCAGGAACUUGGGUCCUGGAGGUGUCAGCGUACGAUCUUGACUCAGGAGAGAAUGGCUAUCUCACCUACAGUUUGGCCAAUGUCAACCCUGUCCCGUUUGAGAUUGACCACUUCAAUGGCUGGAUCACGACGACAAAGGAACUGGAUUACGAGAUGAUGCCACAGAAGUACAUGCUGAGAGUUCGUGCUUCAGACUGGGGCUCGCCCUACAGGAGAGAAACGGAGAUGACCAUUCCUGUGAAACUACAGAACAUGAACGACAACAUCCCUCAGUUUGAAAAGGUAAAGUGUGAGGGGACACUCUCACGCGAUGCCCCCAUCGGCCAGAGAGUGCACACCCUGUCCGCCAUUGACGACGAUCCUGCCGAUUACGUACGCUACGAAAUCUUGUCAGGCAAUGACAAUGGUUUGUUUGAGUUAAACCCAACAUCCGGAGACCUGACUCUCGCUCGUAAGAUCGGUCAGUUUGAACCGUCGUUCAUCAGUCUGAAGGUGACCGCCACUGAUGGAGAUAACCAAGCUUCGCCUGUGUACCUCAACAUGACUGUUACCAACAACAUGCAAGGAAAUGACUACAUAAACCUCCAGUGUCAGAGCACAGGUGUAGCACAGGAGCACAUGCGCAAAGUCCAGCAGAAAAGUCGCAUCAACGCUCUCGAAGAGGACGAGACAAUGCACUUCUCCGACAUCCACACUGUGAACCUGCAUUCACCUGAGAUUGAUUCUGGAAUCCCGAGGGAGAUCGAUAUAGGAGAGGACAGUUCGGUUGGAACUGUGUUGGCUACUGUGAACGCUCGGGACAGUGACACAGGGUAUAAUGGCAUGGUGGUGUAUGUGAUAGCAGAGGGAAAUACAGACAGCUGCUUCACAAUAGGGAUGCAGAGUGGAAAGCUGAGUAUUCUCAGCCCUUUGGACAGGGAGAGAACUGAGAGUUACAUCCUCAACAUCACUGCAACAGACCUUGGCAACCCUCGCAAAGGGGCAUGGAAGCAGAUCACCAUCAAUGUAAUGGAUGCAAACGACAACAAGCCAAGGUUUAGCCAAGACAAGUACGAAAAAACUGUAGACGAGAACAUUGAUAUCGGGUCAACCAUACUGCAGGUGUACGCGUCCGAUCCCGACAGCGGACCGGCCGGCACGGUCAGGUACUCCCUGCUCACCGGAACGGAAAAGUUUUCGAUCAACGAGAAGUCAGGUGUUAUCAAAACAACAGCUGCACUAGACAGAGAGGAGGCAGCCGUGCACUCUCUGAGAAUUCAGGCAAGCGACCAAGACGAGAGUUACCCAUUGUCGUCUGUUGUCACGGUAACCGUGACCCUGCAGGACCUCAAUGAUAACGCACCCAAGUUCAUCCCGGAAAACUACAAGGUCAAAGUCCGAGAGGAUCUACCGAAAGGAGCGGUUAUCCUGAUGCUGGAGGCUCAGGAUCCGGACGAGGGGCGCGGAGGAGAGAUUCGCUAUUCCCUGCAAGACGGGGACGAAGGAAAGUUCGACGUGGAUAGGUUGACGGGCGUCAUUCGGUUGGUCGGGAUGCUGGAUUUCGAGGAUCGACAAGUGUACAACAUCACGGCUCGUGCCAAGGACAAGGGCUCACCACAGCUCACGUCCACGUGUAAGAUUGAAGUGGAGGUGAUCGACAUUAAUGAGAAUCUGUACGCGCCGGAAUUUCCGAGCUUCGUCGACAACGGCACUGUGUAUGAGAAUGAGGAGGUCGGAACAGAAGUCUUACAGGUUGUUGCUACGGACUUGGACAGCGGGAACGACGGGAAGGUGGUGUAUUCCAUUCGGGACGGAAGUGGGCUCGGACGGUUCGUGAUCGACGACGAAGGUAUUAUCCGCACUGCGGAGGUCCUUGACAGAGAAACGGAGUCCCACUAUUGGCUGACAGUUUACGCCCAAGACCGCGCCGCUGUCCCGCUGUACAACAUCAUCGAGGUUUACAUCGAGGUGCUGGACGUGAACGACAACGCACCUCUGACGGAGUUCCCCAUCUACUACCCCUCUGUGGACGAGGGGAGUGGGUCGGGCAAGUCCGUGGCACAAGUCAGCGCGUCUGAUCCCGACGAAGACGGGACUCAGAAACUGACGUUCAAGAUCACAUCAGGCAACCCGCAAGGCUUCUUCCAGAUCAAUCAAAACACAGGUCUGAUCACGACAACAAGCCGGAGAUUAGACAGAGAGCAGCAGGCCGAGCACAUACUGGAGGUUUCAGUGUCGGACAAUGGCAGCCCUCCCCAGGUCUCGACGGCACACGUGGUUGUUUCGGUCGCGGAUGUCAACGACAACAGUCCAGACUUUGGGACCAACACCAUCCGGAUCCGGGUUCCGGAGCGUAACCGCACCAACGAGAAGGGCGACAUCUACCGGGUGGUUGCCAGCGACGAUGAUGUCGGUUCCAACGGCGACCUUGCCUACAGUUUCAAGGGCGGAAACGAUAAGGGGAGGUUUUUCAUUGAUCCAACCAAUGGGAUGAUUUCGACAAGGAAGGCGUUGAUGGAAGGGCAACAGUACACCCUAAAGAUCCAAGCCACGGAUCAUGGGCGUCCCCAGCGGAAGUCAAAGGUCAACGUUGUGAUCGACGUUGUCAAACCGCCGGUAACGUCCAUCGGUCCCAAGCUGAAGAGCCCAGAACCCGAGUUCAACUACAAGAUGAUCCAGGAGGACUGGCCGGUGAAGGACUGGAUCACAGUAGUGGAGGCUGAGGACCCUGACUCUCCAGAACUGUGGUACAACAUCAUUGGUGGAAAUGUUGGAGAAAAGUUCACCAUUGGUAAUGACGGCAUCCUGAAGCUGGCCAAGAAGCUGGACUGGGAAGAGCGCAACAAGUACAACCUCACCGUGGAGGUCACUGAUGGACACAAGUCUGCUACUAAACAGAUUCUUCUCUCUGUGAUAGACCUGAACGACAACCGACCACAGUUUGCACAGAAGAAGUACGAGGUGGAGAUCCCGGAAGAGGCGCCCAUCGACACUCUGGUUACCAGGGUAACCGCAUCCGACGUCGACGAGAACAGCCGCCUCUUCUACUCCAUCGACUCCAGCACCGACCCUGUCAGCAUGCAGAAGUUCCGCAUCAACCCUCGCACAGGUGAAAUCUACACAGCUUCUCCUUUGGACCAUGAGACCAAGGACCAGCACAUUCUAACCAUCAUGGCUAAAGAUCAGGAUGUCUCAGUCAUGCGCAACUUUGUCCGCGUCGUCAUCAACGUUAAGGACUCCAACGACCACCGCCCGAUAUUCAGCGCUCAGGAGUACACCGGCGGUGUGUACGAGACUGCCGCGUACGGCACAUCUGUGGUGCAAGUGGUGGCGACCGACCGAGACAGGGGCGCCAACUCCGAGCUGACGUACACCAUAGAAACAGGUAAUGUUGGUAAUGUGUUUAGCAUCGAUGAGACGUUAGGGAUCAUCACGGUCUCCAAGCAGCUGGACCGCAGCGCCCUGAGUCAGUACCACUUGACGGUGAAGGUCCGAGACAAUGGCAACCCCCCGCUGAGCUCCACCGUACCCAUCCACAUUGGCGUCACCAUCUCCAACAACGCUCCGCCCAAGUUCGACGCCAAGGAGUACGCCAUCGAGGUCAGCGAGAACGCACGGCUCGGAUCCCUCAUCGUCAUGCUCGGUGCGACCAGCCGCUCCUCCGUUACCUACGAGAUCAUCAGCGGCAACACGGACGGCAGCUUCGACGUGAAUCCCAACUCCGGAGUCAUCACCUGCAAGAAGCAACUGGACUACGAGAGACAGACGUCGUACAACCUGACAGUCCAGGCCACCAACAUGGUCAGUCUGAGUUCAACGGCUACAGUCCUGGUUCACAUCGCAGACGAGAACGACAACCCUCCUGUCUUCUCCCAGUCUGAGUACAUCGGCAGCAUCAGCGAGGCAGCCACCAUUGGUAGUGUCGUUCUCGACGUGAACAACAUUCCUCUGGUCAUCGCCGCAACAGAUGCAGACAACGAACUUAACUCCCUUCUUGUGUAUGAAAUCAUUGAGUCUGCGGCUCAGAAAUACUUCGCCAUCGACUCUAACACUGGUGCUCUGCGCACUAUCCGUACACUGGACCAUGAAGACAUUGCUGAGUUCAGGUUCACUGUGCAGGUCUCUGAUACAGGAAACCCACCACUGAAAGCCGAAAAUCCUGCAAAUGUCACCAUCAAGGUCUUGGAUGUGAACGACUCUCCGCCCACGUGUACACAAGAUAUCUAUGAAGCCACCCUCUUGCUCCCAACUUACAAAGACGUGGCCAUCGUACAGGUCGAGGCAGAAGAUGCAGACACUGAAGCAAACACACAGCUCACCUAUGUCCUAACCAUGGGCAAUGAAGACAAGAAAUUCAGCAUCAACAGAGACACCGGUGUGAUAACCAUUGUCAACACCACUGGGCUGUAUGACCGGUACGAGCUGUCAGUACGUGUUGGAGACGGAAAGUUCCACACUUCAUGUAUCAUCAGGAUAGAAGUGAAGAGAACUGUCAUGAGCGGUCUGCGGUUCACAGAAGAGUCAUACUUCUCCGAGGUGACAGAAAACUCCACAGAGGUGAAAACCGUUGCCAUAGUGACUGCCAUCGGAAACCUGCUGAACGAACCACUGGAAUACAAGAUCCUCAACCCCAACAACAUGUUCGAAGUCAGCCCCACGUCUGGGGUGCUGCGGACCCGGGGAAUUCCCUUCGACAGGGAGGAGAAGGAGAAGUACGAAAUUGUCAUCGAAGUGCGGGACAAGAGGUCGACCCCCAGAGUGGCGCAUGUGGUGGUGUAUGUGACCAUAGCAGACAUCAACGACAACGCUCCUGUCUUUGUCAACCUGCCGUACUACUCUGUGGUGCAGGUGGACGCCGAGCCAGGAACACCAGUCAGAACUGUGACUGCAGUGGACAAGGAUGAAGGGAAGAACUCUGAGAUCAGGUACUCCCUGGACUCCGGGGCACACCGACGUUUCCGUAUCAACAGGAAGACGGGACAGAUCAUGGUGAAACAACCGCUGGAGGCAGAGGACACCAACAAGGAGUACCGUCUGCUCAUCAUCGCUGAGGACAAAGGCAACCCACCGCUGAGUGCCAGGAUCGAAGUGCCUGUGACUGUGAUGAACAAAGCCAUGCCUGUGUUUGAGAAGCCGUUCUACGCAGUCAGCAUCCCCGAGAACGUGCAGCUGCACACCCCUGUCAUCAACAUCAAGGCGGCCAGCCCUGAUGGGCUCAAACUCAUCUAUUCUAUAACCGACGGGGAUCCCUUCAAUCAAUUCAACAUCGAUUUCGACACUGGAGUCAUAAAUGUCGUUGGCUCACUGGACUACGAAACCAAGCAAAACUUCCGCCUUACCGUCCGUGCGACUGACUCACGCAGCGGAGUCGAUGCGGAGGUGGUGGUCGACAUUACUGUCCAGGAUAUCAACGAUGUCGCUCCCGUCUUCGAAAAGCCGUCCUACGAAGCCACCCUGUCUGAAGCUGCCGCAAUCGGCACGACAGUGAUCAAAGUCAGUGCCACCGACCUGGACUCUGGUGUGAACCAGCUCAUGUAUUACCAGAUCCUGCAGGAUGAAACCAACUCUACAGACUACUUCCACAUCGACACCUCCAGCGGGCUGAUCCUGACGGCACGUAACCUUGACCACGAGAAGGUUGCUAAGCACGAUUUCACCGUACAGGUCUCAGAUGGCGGCAUGCCUUCACUCAGCAGUGAAGUCCAUGUAACCGUCACUGUGCUGGACCUGAACGAUAACGCUCCACAGUUUGACCAGCCGUCCUACGACUGCAUGAUCAGCGAGCUGGCCCCCAGAGGGCACUUUGUCACCAAAGUCUCGGCGUCGGACGCAGACAGCACCGACAACAACCGCCUGGUGUACGCCAUCGUGUCCGGGAACGAGCAGAUGAACUUUGUCAUCGACCAGAAGACGGGCAUCAUCGCCAUGUCCAACCUGAGGAAGCGAGAGCUGGACCCGACGUACACCCUCAACGUCUCUGUGUCGGACGGAGUCUUCACCAGUUCGGCCCGCGUGGCUGUGAUGGUUCAGAGUGCCAACACCCACUCCCCCGUCUUCAGCCAGCUGAAUUAUGCUGUCUCCUUCGAUGAAAACAAUCCGAGAGGCACGUUUGUAGUCACGGUAACAGCAACAGAUGAGGAUGCAGGUCCAUAUGGAGACAUCUCCUACUCCAUUGCCAGCGAGAAGAUCAGCCAGCUCUUUGAGAUCGAUGCUGAUACAGGUAAAAUGUACAGCAGGAUGGAGUUAGAUCGUGAGGAUGAGAAUCAGCGCAUGAUCAUCGUCCCUGUGGUGGCCAGUGACCAGGGUGGGCGUGUGUCAUUCUGUAACGUCACAGUCACCCUAACGGACAAGAACGACAACACGCCGCAGUUUGAGCUGGCUUCUUACCAAGCCAACAUCCCCACAGAUGCAGAUGAAGGUGCUGAAGUCAUCCAGGUCCAUGCCAUUGAUCAAGAUAUUGGCACAAACUCUGACAUUGCAUACUCCCUCUACGAUGAUUCUGACACCACUGAGGUUGUGAAGUUGUUCAGAGUCCACUCCGAGACAGGCAUAAUCACUACAAGGCGGAAGCUAACUGGAAAAGAAGGAAAAGCCUUCCAGUUCUUUGUACAAGCCACCGACGGAGGCAACCCAACAAUGACAUCCAGCGCUCCUGUGGAAAUCCUCAUCCUCGGCCCAGACGACAUCCCUCCCUACUUCGACCCAACAGUUCAGCAUCUCUACUUUGUCAGUGAAGAGAUGCCAGUUGACAGUGAGGUGGCCACCGUUGUCGCAGACACCAACGAUACCGUGAAGUACAGCAUUGUAGAAGCCGAUGGACCCAAUAGUAACAAGGAUAACACUUUCAGAAUCGAUUCAGAGAACGGUGUCAUCUAUGUGAACAAGGAGCUGGACACGGAGACCACUGCAUGGUACUCGUUAAAGGUUCAGGCAGAGACCCUAAGCUCACCUCCACUGUUAGCUUUUGCUGAUGUCAGCAUUCAGGUCAAAGAUGCGAACGAUAAUAAACCCAAGUUCGAUUCCAAGCCCUACAAGAUCACUCUCCCAGAGAAUGCUUCUGUUGGUACGAGCGUCAUUCAAGUUCACGCCUUUGAUCCAGACCAGGGAGCUAAUGGAGAGAUUGUCUACGGUUUUGCAUCAGACUCCAAUGCAGACGAGAUGUCAGACUUCUUCACCAUCGACAGUGAGUCUGGAUGGGUCACCACGUUGGUUCCCCUCGACCGCGAGUUGAUGUCGUCCUACGCUUUCGGCGUCACAGCAACAGACAAGGGCGAGCCCAAGCAGCUGAAGGACACCACCCUGGUACACGUCACAGUCGCAGAUGUCAACGACUCACCCCCGACGUUCCGAUCAUCCACCUACCACGGCCAGGUGCGUGAGGAUGCCCUCCCAGGCACCAUUGUCAUCACGGUCAGCACUCGAGAUGCCGACAUCGGCGACAACACCAUUCCCACCUACUACAUCACAGGCGGGGAUCCCCAAGGACAGUUCAACAUCGAGCGCAAGACUGGGAAGGUCUAUGUGAACGGGCCGCUGGAUCGGGAGACCAAACAGCUGUACGUGUUGAACAUCACAGCCACCGACGGAGCCUUCACAGCGAUGGCAACAGUCAACAUCGAUGUUCAGGAUGUCAACGACAACAGCCCCAUCUGUGAACAGUCAAGGUACACAGCCAGUAUCUCAGAAGACAUCACACCGCAGACGUUUGUGAUGGAAGUGCUGGCACGUGAUCCAGACCAGGGGAUCCACUCACAGAUCACAUACUCUCUGAAUGGUACCGGUGCAGACAAAUUCCUCUUGGACAAGGAUACAGGUGUCCUGAUGACGGGAGCGCCGCUGGACCGUGAGGAGACACCCGUCUACACGCUGGGCGUCCUUGCCAAGGACGGUGGCGGGAAGUCCUGCUUCACGGAACUCACCAUCAACCUGAUCGACGUGAACGACAACCCGCCCAAGUUCGAAAAGCAGCAGUACCUGGUCCCCGUGUACGAGAACACGGCUGUGGGCACGUUGUUGACAAGGGUACAAGCCACCGACCCUGACAUGGGUUUGAACCGAAAGGUGAUGUACUCCUUCGUGGACUCGGCCAGUGGUCAGUUCCAAGUGGACGAAAACUCAGGCAUUGUGAGUCUGGCCCGGACGCUGGACCGCGAGGCACAAGCGUCCUUUAACCUGACCAUCCGUGCGACAGACGAGGGAGCGCCGCGUCGCUCCUCCACUUCCUUCCUCAUCAUCUCCGUCCUGGACAUCAAUGACAACCCGCCAGAGUUUGAGUUUGCGGAAUACGCCAAGAACGUGUCGGAGAGCACUCCGUCAGGGACCCAGAUCUUAAGCGUGUAUGCGGUGUCGAAAGACGUAGGGCCCAACGCGGAGAUCACGUAUGAGAUCAUUAGCGGUAACGAGCACGGCAAAUUUGAAAUCGACAAGAAAACAGGAAAGAUCUCGAUCGUGAAGACUCUGGAUUACGAGGCGUCGCAAGGCUACUACCUGACGGUGAAGGCGAGCGACGGCGGCAUGCCCACACUCAGCGACAUUACAACCGUUAGCAUCAACGUCACUGAUGUCAACGACAAUGCUCCUGAGUUCAGCAUGAAAAUGUACAGCGCUUCUAUCAGUGAAGAUGCCCACACGGGAGACAGUGUUAUCCAGGUGAUGGCUACAGACAGAGACAGUGCACCGAAUGCCCAAGUGACCUACACCAUUGUCCGCGGUGAUCCCAAGGGCCAGUUUGACAUCGCACCCAAGCUUGGCAUUAUUACUGUCAGAGGAGCUCUGGACAGGGAGGAGGUUCAGGCUUACUCGCUCACAGUACGUGCAAAGGACAGCGGCACCCCUGUAAACGCCACUGAAGUGGUGGUAAAUGUUGACAUCUUGGACAUCAAUGACAGCCCACCACAGUUUGCACAGGGCAACUACAGUGUAUUUGUGCAGGAGAGCAAGCCUAUCGGUACAAGCAUCCUCAUGUUCACUGUCAAAGACUUUGAUGCCCCCCAGAACGGACCCCCGUACACCUUCAGCAUCAUCAGUGGUAACCAAGGCAACGAGUUCCACAUCGACCGCAGUGGCAUCCUUCGCACAUCGGUUGUCUUUCAGUCGGACAUGCGGCGUACAUACAACCUGCAGGUCAGGGUGGCGGACGCAGGAACGCCAUCUCUGUACGGUUACACCAACGUGGUGGUGGAGGUGAUCGAGGAGAGUAUGUACCCGCCAGUCGUGACUGGCCACCAGAUCUCCAUCAGCUCCUUCCAGGAUAACUUCCCCGGAGGCGUCAUCGGCAAGCUCCACGCCACCGACAACGACAUGUACGACAAACUCACCUACAGCCUGGUCUCCAACAACAAGCGGCUGUUCGGCGUGAACCCCAACGACGGAAAAAUCAUCGCCCAGCCCGGGUUGGAUGUCGGCGAAUACACUCUCAACAUCAGCGUCAGCGACGGCAAGUUCAUCACGGCUGGAGAGGUCAGCGUGACAGUGAAACUUGUGACCGACGAAAUGCUUCGGAACAGCGUGACGAUAAGGUUCGCCAACAUCCAACCCGAGGAGUUCCUGUCCUCGUACCAGAAGGAGUUCUUCCGCACGCUGCGCAGGCUGCUCAAGGUGAAGAACAAGAACAUCAUAGUUGUCAGCAUGCAGCCUCUCGACGGCAACCUAGAUGUUCUCUUCUGUAUCGAAACCACAACUAAAGGCUCGCAGAAGGAAGACUACUACAAAGCCACAGCCUUGAGGCGCGAACUCAACCAGACGGUGAUGGACAUUCAGCAGAACGUCGGCCUUAUGGUACUCCAGAUCAUCAGCGACUCCUGCUCGCAUAACAAGUGCCCUGAGGGAGCUUGUCGAGACAUCCUGAAUUUGGACAUCCACGCCAUCGCCGCCAUUAGUACAGCGAAGAUCAGCUUCGUGUCGCCGCGCCACAUGAGGGACUACGAGUGCAAGUGUCCUGGCGGGUUGAUCGGGAAGGACUGUAACCCAUGUAACAGCAACCCCUGCCCGAGGUAUAAGAUGUGCCUGCAAGAUCCCAAGUCCAUCGAGGGUUACGAGUGCGUCUGCCCUGACGGCACCUCGCCACCAAACUGCAACCAGCUGCCGUUUGAUGACAAGGGCCCGAUGACAUUCGGCGGGAACAGCUACAUCAGGUACACCCUGGCCAACAGUGUGGACCAGAUGUCCACCCACUUGUCCCUGGCUAUUCUUCCCAGAAGUCCCAAUGGAAAGAUCAUGUAUGCUCGGGGAGAGUAUGACUACAGUAUUCUUGAGUUGAUCAAUGGGUAUCUGCAGUACAGGUUCAACUGUGGCAGUGGUGAAGGCAAGGUCACCAUGGAAUUUGGCAGCGGGUCGGAGGUCACUGAUGGCAAGUGGCACUAUGUCGAGGUUUCUCGCAACGGCGCUUACGCCGAACUGAAACUUGAUCACAAGUACAUAGCAAGAGGCAGUGCUGCUGGCGAGAACAAAAUUCUUAACCUGGAUGACAACGAUAUCUACUUUGGUGCAGAGGUGUCCAACGGUCGUCGGAAGAAGCGUGCAGCAGUUGUGAGCAACGGAUACCUUGGCUGUAUGGACGACAUGAUGUUGAAUGGGGAAAGGUUGCCACGUGCAGGGGCAAACAGAGUCGCAACUCUGAGGGACAUGACUGACGUUGAUUUUAAUUGUAAUGACGGGAUGGAGACUCUUGGCGUGUGCGGUAGCAACCCGUGCAUGAAUGGUGGGAGUUGUGCAGUGGUUAGUCCGUCCAAUAGGUACAUCUGCAACUGUCUUCCACGAUUCAGUGGCGACAACUGCCAGAUCGACACUCAACCAUGCAACUCCAACCCAUGUAAGAACGGGGCCCGCUGUAAGAACUUGUUGAACGACUUCGAGUGUGCGUGCCCACGAGAAUGGUACGGCAAGCGUUGCGAACACUCUACCUCAUGUAACUGCUUCAACGGGGCGACCUGCUCGGACACACCAAGCGGCAAGACCUGCAACUGCCCGGAAAACUUCACGGGCGAGAAAUGCCAGGAGGACGUCAACGAGUGUUCGCGGAACCCGUGCCAAAAUGGUGCCACUUGCCACAACACCGAGGGGUCCUAUUUCUGCAACUGCACUGCUAACACCAACGGCCUUCACUGUGAGAACAUCAUUGAGAUGAUCAUGCCCAAGAUUGAGUCCAACAGCAUCAACAUCGGCCUGGAGGAGAUAAUCGGCAUCAUCUGCUGCAUCAUCUUCCUCCUUCUGCUCGUCAUCAUCUUCGUCAUGGUGCGCAGGUGCAGGCAGAGGAGGAAGCGCAACCCUCACAUGAGCGACAUCGUCGCCACCGGCGGCGACCCAAACGGGAUAAUGAUGACCGAAAAAAGAGAUGACUUCCACCGCGACGCCAAGAUGGUACACAUCGACACCAACCUGGACGACUACAGGCCGCCGCUGCCGGCCAGACCCAUCUCCUACACACCUAGCCUUUGUGGGAACUCACUGAACAAUCUGAGUGACGGGGCGAUGGGCGCUGAGGUGGAGCCCGUCUUCUCCUCGAGCACAGACAUGCUCGCCGUCAGAAAUAAGAACCCUGCCAUCGUGUGCAGCGUCGCGCCAACGUUACCGCCACCACCGCCUUCCAACUCAGCAUCAGACAGUGACUCCAUUCAAAAGCCAGCUUGGGAGUUUGAGUGUCCCAACGUUGUUGAAGGAUAUGUAGAAAGUAAAGUGAAUGAUGCGGAUGCAGUGAUGAACAACAUAGCAAAUGAUGAGAUGCAGGUCUACAGGAAUGAAGGAGGCAGUAUGACUGACAUGGUCUCCCUAAGUUCACUGCCCUCUGAAUCAUGUGAUGAGGAUAAUAUGCCAGGGUACCACUGGGACUGUUCUGAUUGGAUGCCCAGCAGUAACCUGCCCAAUAUCACAGAAGUGCCAAUGUGUGAGAUGCCAGACUCCUCCUCCUCCUCCAACAACCACAGCCUUCCCCACCAGCCACACCCCCACAACCUCCAGUACGACCCCAACGUCUACAGCGACGGUUACCAAGGCGACCCCAGCGACUACACCGACCACGAGUACGUCACCCAGUAUCCGGACGAUGAGUAUGGCGCCGGGGAGAGCGACUUCCCUCCGCCGCCGCCAGAUGAAAGCUAUCUACAGUACCCCGACGACUAUCAGGACGGGUUUGCGCCGAUCCAGCCUCCCUCCAACAUGCCCGUCCCCGAAGGCGACCACAUGUACCGACCGCAGCACUACCACCCCAACCAGUACCUCCCCGCACACCACCUCUCCGACGACCAGCUGCCCAUGACGGAGCAGGAAGAGCACGAUUACGUCUACCCGCCCAGCUACCAGGAAUCCAUGAGCCAGCUGCCGCCCGGGUACGAGGAUUACGGCAACGGGAGCGAGUAUAACGCGGACUAUGAACAAUCCAACAUCGACGACGUUUCAGUCUCCAUGUACACCACGUCCAACGCGUCCGUGUCGGACCUAUCCGGGGCUGACAUGGACGAGAGCGAGGUGGCGUUGAGCGACUACGAGAGCGGCGGGGAGGGAGACAACGAGGGAAGCCAGGGUAACCCACGAAGCAUGCCCCAAAACGACUUGCACACGGAAGUCUGACACUCACAGAAAGUUGCUUAGCUACACCAGACUGGUGUAUCAUGGUGUAAAUGUAGCUUUGGACAAGUGCCUGUACUGUAUAUUUGUAGUUUGUGAUUAAAUAAUGUAUGUACAGUUUUUGGACUUCAAAAGUCACCUAUAAUGUGUAAAGAUGCUGAAGAGAUGGUAGUGAUGUUUCUUCAGCAGUCCGUAUUUUCUUAUGGCAAUCAUAUCAUAUAAAGACUUUUAGGAAAAUCCAGCAUUUGAAAAAAUAUGUGUACGUACCAAUGUUUUACUAGAAAGUUGUACCAAAGAUUUCCUUGUAGUGGAAUGGUAGUUUGAUUGAUUGUGAGUCAGAAAAUAAGAAGUUUUAAGAUGUCUCUUACAAGGAAGCCUUCAUUAACCGAGGUACACAAAACUAUUUAAAUAAAUAAUGCGGCUUUACUGUUGGUAUUGUAGAUUGUAAGUAGACGCAAUUUGUUCCCAGUCUGCCAACAGACUAGACAGUGAACAGUGUAACAAGUAUUGUUUCUUAUCUGUGUUCGUAAGUUGGACAAGUUGUUCUCUCCAGUUGGUCGGGUGCUUUUACUAGAUAGUCGACACCCCCAGCUCUUUAUAUGGUGCUGCAUUUCAGUAUUGUAAUGUUGAUUGUGAGCUCUCGAACCACCAGCUUCCCCAAGGUCUGGACUGUACGAAAUCAUUCUAUUUUCAGCAAUAAAUAUUUUAUACCAUUGAUGGGAAACGAGACAUCCUACGUAGCCCAGCUUUGUAAAGUGACGUACAUGUAGUUAAUUUGAAGUAGUUUUUAGACUGUGUGCAGCUUUUAUAUGAUUUUUAUGUUGUUGUCCCUUUUGUGUUUGCAUCGUUUAAAGUCAACACAGUGGAGGUGCUUUGAGGCCUCUGGAGGGAUGUGCAAGUUGUUGGCAAUGAUUUGGAUUUUGAGUUGCAAGAUUGAAUGUUGGCAGAAUUUUUUCUCCUUCCAAGUGAAGAUGAGUGUUAUCAAAUGGUUAUGAUGUGUAUAUUUUUCCACAUUUUGGAAUGGUAAAAAAAACUACAUCCAUCCAUAGAACAUAGUACUACUUGUAUCAUAAACUCUGGCUUCUUUACAGUCUGCUCUCUUUUAUCAUAUUGCCAAAUGUAACUAGUAUUGCUUGCAGAGAAACCUUCAAAUUAGAAUCCGCUGUCCAUUUUCGUAGUAAUUUACAAAUGAAGUCACAAAUUUUGAUGUAUAUUUUGUCCUGAAAACCACAAGUGUAGUUCUCACUGUAAAAUACUGGUCCUGGCUGAGUUUUCCUGGAGGUCAUUUCGAUGUAAGUGACUUGUAAGAAGGGCAGAACACACUAUUUGUAAAUUCAAAAUAAAACAUCUUCAGAUCAGAGUAUUACGACUUUUGUAUUUUCUACAUUAAAACUGUUGAAAAGA